CAUUUAAAUAAAAAUGUCAGAAUUCCACUUUAAUAUGUCUAUAUUUUUAUUCGGAGAGUUCAGUUGUCCCAGGGAAAGUUGCUUUCUUUCCGGAGAGUUGACGUCACAUUUAGCACUAGUUACAGCUGUUAGCAAUGACGCAGUGGGAAUAACGGAGUAGUUGUUUGCAUCAUGAUUAUUAUUGUGUUUAGAAUUGUAAGUUACUUUUUCGUACAACAAUGUCUGCUGAAUCUCCUCGCAGAUCAAGUCGUCAAGGUGGUCAUAUUGUUGUCCCACAGCCAGUUAAUGAUCGGUCCAUUAUAGAGAGUGUUGCAGGAUUUAUCAAUGAAGUUGUUCCACAGGCCUAUACCAGCUCUCCUUCAGGCGAGGGAAAAGAAACCAUUACCUGGGCAAGGUUUGAGUAUGGAGACAUAAAUGACCCUGCAUUGUAUCCUGAUUCAGCUGAUGAUCGAAACAGUACCCCUCCACUACUCUUAGUCUUGGGAUAUGGCAGUGGAGUGCAGGUUUGGGCAAUACCUGCAUGUGGCGAGGCAACAGAAGUUCUGUCAUGGCGACAAGGAGUUGUGCGAACACUACGUAUACUUCCCACACCAGGUACUGAUGCUUCUACUCCUGAUGCAUUCUCUCACAAGAGACCUCUGGUGGCUAUGUGUGACUGUGCUGGUGGACCUUCACCACAGUUCUGUUCUCUAAGCUUCAUUUCCCUUCGAGGUGGAGAUCAGGUGAAGAGCAUUAAAUUUAAGAAUCCGGUUAGUGAUGUCCUGGCGAAUCGAAGAUCAGUUGUUGUUACAUUUUCUGAAAGAAUUGCAGUGUUUGAUGCUUCAACGCUCGAAGAUCGUCUGACUGUCACUACAUGCUACCCCUGUCCAGGUCCAAACCCAAACCCUGUCACAUUAGGAAGUCGCUGGUUAGCAUACUCUGAGAGGAGGCUAAUGCCUUCUCGUCGAUCAUCAGGUGGGAUGGAGGGUGAAGGUGUGCAGUCCUACACUGCAACUGUGUUACAUGCUGCUAAGUCAUUUGGGAAAGGAUUACGUGAGUUAGGCGAGACUGUGGCCAGUAGCUUGACUGGAGGUGCAGCUGGCGUGGGCAUGCAGAGAGGAAUUGUGGGUUGUGUUGGAGGACCAGUGGUAGGACACCAAGUUGGGACCAUCUUGAGUGGAAAUGCAGACAGCAUCCAGCCAGGCAUUGUCACCAUCUUGGAUGCUCAAGGAGGUUUACCUUCUGGCUGUGAAGAUGAAUUAAAAUCAGGUGAUUCCAUAAUUGGAGGGAGCUGUAGUUCAGAUAUCAUUGCCCAUUUCAUGGCCCAUAGUGAACCCAUUGUGGCAUUAGCGUUUGACCCAUCAGGAAUGCUUCUUCUGACAGCUGAUAAGCGUGGCCAUGAUUUUCAUGUAUUCCGCAUCCAUCCUCAUCCAGGUGGAUCAUCACUAGCAGCUGUUCACCACUUGUACAUAUUGCAUAGGGGUGAUACAACAGCCAAGGUGCAGGACAUUGCAUUUGCAGCAGACAGUCGCUGGGUGGCAGUUAGCACACUCAGGGGAACAACUCAUGUGUUUCCUAUCACUCCAUAUGGAGGUCCUGUUGGUAUUCGGACACACGCUACACCACACGUUGUGAAUCGGCUAUCCAGAUUUCAUCGCAGUGCUGGCCUCAUGGCUGAUGGGCGCAACAGCCCCAUACCCACCCCUGUUUCUGUGACUGUAUCAAACCCUCCAGCAUUGCCAUACCCCAACCCUCGCCUCCCACCCUAUUCUCACCCUACUGUGAUCUUGCCACUUGCCCAGGUACGACAGCCCACCACCCACACGGUACUUUCUACCCCCACCUCUAUGAACCCUGCUUUACAGCAGCCAUACCAUCGUAAUCCCUCAAUGAGAUCACUUGGUCGAACUCAGUCUUCUUCAGAUGAUGGUCUACUAGGAGGAAUACCACUGAAAGUUACAGCAUGCUUUGCUCCACCACGCGCCUGGCUUAUUGGAUCUCCAACUGUGCCAAGAGAGACAUCUGCUAAGGCUCAUAAACGAGCAGUUGACUCACUGUUUGUGAUGGCGUGCCAUGGAAACCUCAUAGAGUAUGACCUAGAACCCCGACAUGCAGCAGGAAUACCCAAAGAGAAGGUAUGUGAUGACACGGCCGUUGAGUUGGAUGUUCAGCCAAAAGCUCAGUGGAUGCUUCUGCGUCCAUCAAACUCUAGUGAGCUGCAGCCUCCUCUCUCCCCAACCAACCCUCUGAUGGUACUGCCAGAUCACUUGCCAACCACUUCCAGCUGUGAGUUUAGACAGGAUGACUCUGAGACGGAUGAGAGGUGGCUGUCGCAGGUGGAGAUUGUGACUCAUGCAGGGCCUCACAGGAGGCUUUGGAUGGGACCUCAGUUCACAUUCAAAACAUACAACUCAGCUGUGAGUGGGGUUCCAUUGUCAUUGCUUGAGUUGGAAGCUGUUGAGGUUGGAGUAGGAUCUGGAUCACGCCCAGCACGCUCCAAUCCCGUUAACAUGCCCAUCAGCAGCAGUUCCCGCCCUGUUGUGCCUGUACUCAUAGAAUCUGGAUCAGGAAGUAGUUACGAACAGUCACCAAGACUUCUUGAAACAUACGGAGCAGAUGGGGCUGAUUCAGAUGGUUCAGCCGGGCCUGGAGAGACCCAGUUGCGUGAGGAUUUGGCUGAUGCCAUGAUGGAGAGUCCAGGCGUACCAAUACGUGAUACAGGGAGAAGAAUGAAUGUUGAAAUGCGACAUGGUGCUCAGCUAGGAAAGAAGAAUUCAAAUCCCAUCCAAAAAGUUGUGAAUCCAGUGGGAACUGUUAUUACAGUGUCUUUCCCUUCUGAGGAUUGGGACACUUCACAGGCUUCAGAUUUCAGCGUAACUGUACCAAGCAAAUGCGAGUCAUCUGCUGAAGAGGAGGAUGGGGUAAAAUCACUGCUCCACAGAUGCAACAGGAAUGAUCUUCCCUCUUUGGAUGACAUUGUCAGGUGGCCAGCAGUGUCAAUGCCUGCAUGCAUUUUGAAGAGAGAAGGGUAUGGGCCAUCAAAGUCUGAGAACAAAGAAGCAGAAAUUAGAGCACAGAAGAAAGGUAAAAAUAAUACACAAUGUGUUUCUUGUGAAAGAUGCAGUAACAAACUUCAAGAUGAAGAAAAAGAUGAUGAUAAGUGCCCUGUGGAAGAAGACAAGAAAGAGCAUAAUGUUACAGCAAGGAAAACAGAACGUGGAGAAAUAAUGGUGUCUUGGGAAACUUGUACAUUGAAUAAUGGGCCUAUUGCUUUGUUCGAAAGUAUAUCGGAGAAGGACUGCAAGAAGAGAAAAAUGGACAGGAUUGAGUCAGAUUUUAAGUACCAAAAAUGCUUACCUUCAAAAACCAGUGAUACUGCGGUAGAAGUUGUAAAUGAUACUUAUAAGAAAGAGAAUGAGGUAAAAAUUGUAAAAUCAGGAAAUCAGAUAUCAUUAAAUGUUAAGGAUGGAAAUAACGUAAGUCGUAAACCUAAAUCAUUUGUACCAAAAAGCAUGAUUACACAUGAACCAAGUUUUCAAGACAACUUCAAAUUACAGAAAAAUCCCAGGCCUGACAAGCAUGCAUUUUGUGAAGAAACCUUAAAGUGUGAUGAAAUGAAAGUCUCAGAAAUGAAGAGUUCCAAACAGAACAUGAAGAGCAAGGCCACAAGUGUUACAGGUACUGCUGACAAGAGUAAUAAGAUGUCUGUGAAGGAUAAAUGCCUUGUUUCUGUUGAUGGAGACGGAAAAGGUGAUGGAACCCCUGUUUCAAAACUUAUGCUGAUGGAUAUUGUUCCCAUGUCAGGUGCCCUGGACACAGAGGACAAGAAGGAAAUAAGACGAAGUCUGGAUGAAUUUGGUAGCAGUUGUGCUGUGGGUGACCAUGACAUUAAUAAAACAAAUAAAAAAAGUAAAAAGUCAAAGUGCAUGUUGCUGGAAGAUAAUGAUUUUAUUGGUGUGUCAGGUGGUGGUGAUAACAGAAAUGCAGCUGAUAAAUUGGGCACCUCAUCGAUAUCAGCACCAAAAAUCGAACCUCAUAAGUUGUGUUCUUCAGUAUUGCAUGAAGGAUUGAAUGAGUACCAUUUUGGAACUGAAAUGCAUGCUUUGCAUGAAGUUACCAGAAAUUCUGAUUUUGAAUCACUUCAGAAGUCUGAAGAAGAGACUUGGAGCUCACAAGUAUUGGAGACGGCUAUUGAAGAAAAUUCUAAAAAUAGAACAAGAAAGGUCUCUGAGAAGAAAUCCUACAGUGGCAAUACUGAGCUCAAAGCAGAUAGUGAUAGAGGCAGUCAGGAGAACCUUAUAUUCAGAUCGACAUUGGAUGACAUCUAUGUUCCUCCUCAACAGUUGUGGAGCAAUGUAGAGUCAUCCACAAAUAGAGACAGGUCUCCAGUUAGAGAAACUGUAGUCCCAGCCAUUUCAGAGACUGUUUUGUUGAAGCUGGAAGAACUGAAAAUAUCUCCUCAGCAAUCUUGGAGAGACAUUGUCGAAGGUUCCCCAUAUCAGAUGCAGAUUGAGACAGCUUCAGAUACAAACAUUUACAGAGGGUUUGAAUCUGAGAAGGGGACAGAGGAUGUAGAUGAUUAUAAUGAUGAAGAUGUAGAUAAAGUUACCAUGAAUUUAAGUAAGUCCCACAGUAGCGAUCAAACUUCUCGUAGAAAGAUGGUGACUGCCAGUGGAUUUCUGAGCACUUUUGCCACAUCAAAAAGCUUUAACGUAACUGCAGGUAAUGAGGAUUAUUCUCAGUUGAAUGAUGAUAAUAAUGGUAUUGAUGAUGAACUGGCAGACAGUGGAGAGGCCACAAGUAUCACUGCAUUACAAGGGGCAAACAAGAAAAGUCGCAGAGCAAAAAAGAAGAGGAGAUAAUAAGUGUACAUGUAUUUUAAAUCUUUAGAGUUUAUUAUAUUUAUUACUGUUUUCUAUACAUACCCAAAGAUGUGUAAGAAACCCAAGUUCUGAGAUAAGACAGCUCUUUGAAAAUUAUUGAUAUGUGAAAAUUCAUUUUAAAAAAUAAACUGUUCUAAAGCUUUAUUAUGUUCAGAACCUGCAAUGUUCUGCCGACCUAAUGUGAGAGGUAUUUUGUUUUGAAAUAAACAUGUUUUUCAAAUGCAGUGUUUGUAACUUGCAUCCUCGUUUGAUUUGUUGCUCAGACACACAUCUUUUGUUAGCAAAGUUAAUAAUGAAAAUACUACUGUGCAUAAAGACAAAAAUUCUGUUGUGAACAAAGCUAAUCAAUAAUUAAGGUAGUAUACUUUGUUCAAUUAUAAAUUAAUUUCAUAAGUACAUAUUGUGUCAAAAACUGUUCAGAAUAAAAGUUAAACUUGGUAAAAUAUGUAUUUUACAGUAUUUAGCAAUUGUUAAUUUUGAUUUGUUCUAUAUAACAUACAGACAAGAGGAAGUUUUUGCUAUAAUUUAUGCAGUCCAAAGUACAAAAUUUUGUCAAUCUGUUGAAUAAUGUCAUAGAAUAAACAUGAGUAUAGAGGAGCAUGUACUCUCCAUUGUACAUUCAUUUUCUGCACAAGUGCAGAACACACAACAAUUUAUUUUUGUUUCUGAAUGUAUUUAUCAUCAUUUGAAGGAGCUGUGGUAUAUGAAAUUAUACACAAUUUGAGCUGUAGGUAACCUAGUAGGCAAUAUUUUGAAAAUGUCAACAUAUUUGACCUCUCAGAACUUGUAACAUCAUAAUUUACACAUCUGUGGAUUUAUCUGAAUUCAUUAUGUACAGUGAGUAUUGAGUUUGUAUUAUUAUUUAUUGAAAAGAUUAUUUAUUACCAAGUCAGUAAUUAUGUGAUUGUUAUGUAAUUUGUUUAUAAAACACAUGACAACUGUGUGUAUGUUCAGUAAAAAUAUUUUUACAUCAGUGGUACUUAAACACUCCAUUGUUCAGGUUACAUAUUUUCUUAAAUAUUUUCAUAUGCCAUGUUUAAAUACCAUGCAUUAUCACAUUUCACACCAACUUGUUUUAAGAUUUAAAUUUUUCAUUUCCCAGCCAUUAAUUCUGUUCUACCUGAAAGGCUAGAGUGAAGAAAAGUAUGCUUCUAUUUUGCACUUGCAGGUUCAGUUUUAUUGUUGGCUAGCAGAUGAUUGUCUGGUAUUGUUUCUGGGGGUGAUUUCUCUCAGGAUAUAUUAUGUACUGUAACUGAACAGACGUGAAUAUCAUAAAAAUCUCCAAUUUGUGAGCUAUCAUCAGGUUCUUUGUCUGAAAUGUAUGACAGGAUGUUGGCAUAAACAUCAAAAAUAAUCCUUUUUUACCUAACCUUGCAUUGGGCCUUUUUUGCAUAACCACAUACACAUACAUCAAAUACUUGUGUGAGAAUUUAUUUGAAGAAGUGGAAAUUAUUAUAAAGUCAUGUUGGUCUGCAGGCCUAAUGAAAGAAAUUCUUUUAUCUAAGCAAUUCAGUGUCGAUUAGCUAAUAUUUCCUUGUUCGUAUGAGGUCAAUUAUAAUGGAUAUGGUGGAGCAUAGCAAAUUCGUAUCAUAGGGUGAUAUCUGAAAGUUAAUUUUCCCAACCCCUACAAACUACAUUCAGAUAUAAUAUACAGAUUCCUACUUGUAGCUUAGAAGAGAUGGAAAAGUCAAAAUUAUGUUGAAGAUUUCUGUCUUCUGGGUUGUUGCGCUGUGUAGACUGAUCGCUUCAUCACCCUGAUGAUGGAGGCAGUAUGACCUCUGAAACAUUGGUUAACAUCGACCAAUCUACACAGCGCAACAACUCAGAAGACAGAAAUCUUCAUACUCACCGCUGUGAAAACCUCAAAUCUUACAAAAUUAUGUUAUCUCUCAUAUGAGAGUGAAACUUCUUUUCUUAUUUAUAGAUAAAGCAUGCAUAGUUUGACAGUAUUUGAGAAUAAAAUUUGAAGAGAAUUUGGAUUGUGGUCUUCUGGAUUAUGAUGUUACGUACUCUUAUAGGUGGUUACCACAUACGGGAGCUAUGUGGCUGCACAGCAUCAUAACCCAGAAAACCCCAAUCUAAAUUUUCUUUACCAUGGUUAAUAGCCAUGCAUAAGAGAGAUGAACUAAUUGGAGAACCGAGAAAUUACAUGAACGCUUUACUCAAUGUUGUCAGAGUGUUUACAUUUAGAAGAACAGGUUCGAUGGGACAUACACCAUUGAAUGUGGGAACUAAUUUAACAAUAGCAAUAUGUUUUUUUAACAAUUUCAGUUGAAUUUUCAGAAUAGGCAUUGAUGUCAAAUGUAAUCACACCAUGGCAUUACUUGGUUCAAUAUUAAUUAUGUUUCAAAUUGUCUAUCAGAUUCUACCCUGUUGUUUGGUAAAACUGUACCAAGGUCAUCCAUGUGAUAAUGAUACUCUAAGAACUUGAACAUGUUGCAGAAGCAGUUGUAAUAAAGAACUUUUCUGUCAGCCUUAGCUGAUUGUGCUGUUUGAGUACCACUGUCAUGGGUUGUGUGUAACUGAAGGUCUAUGCUGAACUGUAAUUUGAAUGGUGCAACAUAAUUAGAAUCAACAUGGGCAUUCAGAGGCAGAAGGGAACAUUCAAGUGACUGUUUGGAACCAGAUUGCAGAUUGAACUGAACAGAUCACAACUCAAAAAUAAUAACAAAAACAUGACAUGUAUGAUACAUGACAGUUAGUAAUUUUCUAAAGCUAAGACGCUGGGCUAUUCUUGAUUAUGUUCGGAAAUGGAUAUGUUUCUCUGUUAACACAUUCAUACCUGGCUAGAAAUUCUGUGAGACUAGCCUUAGUCUGGCAGUUUUGCCAAACAGUCAAGUUUUUAAAACUGUAUUAGACCCUUCUGCAUUGAUGCUAUGUUGUGAAAGUCAUCCGCUGAUGCUGACAUAAACUGCAAUAAUAAAUUCAAAAUCAUGUGUCACUCAUGGUCACAGGUCCAUGUAUUAAGAAGUUAACUCAUUUUGUAGUACUGAUACCUGGCUGAGUACAUAUCUUCAAAUACAAUUAUUCACUCAUAUUUGUUGCAUAAUGAAGCCUAUGUAUGUAAUAUAUCUUUUUAUUGCUUAGGUUUUCUCUUUGUGUUAGAUGUUACACUUUGAGAUCAGUGUAUGUGUCCUAGCAAGAUGGGCUGUGUUCUGUUCAUGAAAAUGGAGUGAUGGAGUGUUUUGUCUUUGUUCUCUCAGUGCAAAUUUGAUAGCUCAUAACUGUUUCUAAAUUUAUAGUAUUCUAGGUCAAAUAUUUAAAAUCAUGGGAGAAUGUUUGUUGAACUUCGUACAUUUUCUAAAUGUAAAAAAUGUACCGCACAUCAGAGGCUGGCUUUCUAUUCAUCUUCAUAGUUUUAUCUAAUGGGCUGCACAGUGUAGAUAUCUCUCCUACCUGAAGAUGAAUGCAGAGCCAGCCUAAUGAUAAGAAAUAGCUUUAUUAAAUGGACAUCAGGGAAUAGGUUCCCUUUCCUUCUACCUGAAAACACAAAGCCAGCCACCAAAGCAUUGUGUUUAUUUCCUGGCUAGGCAAUUGACAGUUAUAACAUUGCCAUAAACCUUUGGAACAUGAAAUAUCUAAAACUCUUUCUCAUUUCUAAAGUGUUUAUAAAUAAAUUUAAGCCGGGUUAGCUCAGUCAGUAUAGUGACUGACUACAUACUGGAUGAUAGGGAUUCAAUCCCUGGUGGGCAGAGGAUUUUUCAUCUAACCUCUGUGUUCAGACCACCUCCGGGACCCACCCAGCCUUCUGUCCAGUGGGUACAAGAGUCCUUUCCUGGGGGUAAAGCAUGGCCAGGGCGUGACGCUGACUGCUCACCCCUAUCUAGUGACGAGGUUAAGAGUGAGUAGGAGCUCUACCAUUUCUCCCCACAAGCUCAUAUAUGGCAUGUAGUGGGACAGCUCUACUUUCUUCAUUAUAAAGAACUAUAUGUUUAGAUGUUUAUUUGCUCAUAGCAAAGUAUUGAAUGACCUGAAUGAGUUCAUGAAUAUGUCUGUAUCUGUCAGUGGUUUGCAAAAUUAUUUGUCCCCCAGCUUGUGUUAAAUGUCAGUGAAAAUUGUAUAUUCUCUUUUGGAAUUAAGAUUUGAAAAUGUACCUCUCUGGACAAGGCUUUCUUUAUAGUCUUAAGCCCUACUAUGAUUGUUUGUAUUAAUGGUCUGAGUACUAAUAUUCAGUUUUAUAGAUUUAAGAAUUAAUUAUUCCUGCAUUUCUUAGUAACUUUUGCUGCAAAAAAACUAUUCAUUAUCAACAGAUUGAAGAUUUAAAAUAUUAAUUAUACUUCUGUAGUGUGUUUUGCAAAAGAAACUUUUGAACUUUAAUUUUUCUCUGACAAUCCUCUAGUAAAUAAUAUGAAUGUAAAUUAUAUGAAUUAUGUGAUUGGUUUUGAAAUUUAAAGAAGAAAAAAGAAUAAUGUUGUAAUAUACCUAUAUAUCUCAGGUUUUGUUAAGUGACUAAAUGUGAUGAAGGCUUCUUUGUUGAUAAGCUCCAUCAAUAUAUGGUAAUAUUUCCAUUAUUUUGGAGAUUGUUUGUGUCAACAAAAUGUCAUUUUUCACUCUGUUAUUUCUUCAGCUGAUCAUUCAAGAUGAUGUGCCACAUCCUUGAAUUUAAUUUUUGUUUUUCCCUAACAAAGUGUUGUAUAGUUACAGAAUGUCGCAGACAGACAAGAAUCACUUCCCAACAGAAUUGUAGAAUUGGAAUCCUAAACAUUGUUUGAAACAUACUGCCAUGCUUUUCCCAUUUUCCAUUACAUGUAUCUGACCUUAAAAUGUAUAACACACUACUUUGCUGUUGUUAUAAUUUCACAGAGAGUAUUGGAAUGAGUCCUGAGCUAAAACCACUGCCUUAUCAGUGUAUUACAUUGUCUUUCCCCUCUACCUCAUCACAAUAUUUGCCUGACCUUGUCUGAUGUUAUGUUCUCUCUUGACACAACAAAUUACUCUCUAUUUGUUGAGAUUGUAUUUACAUUGCUUGCAUGUAAACUAGUUAGCAAACUUUAGAAAUGUUGUAAUCUGUAUUCAGAUUAAUUUAUGUACGUUGGGAACUAAUUAUCUCCAUUUUCAUUUGCCUGUUUUGUAGUCAGACAUACAAUUUGAAAAUCUUAGAGAAUGAUCUAGUGGUAACUCCUUCCUGAAACUCUUGUUCAUUCAUGUAUUUUAAUUCCAUGAAUCCUUUACAUAGAACACAUUUAUUUGAAGCUAUGUUUUUAAGAGGUGCUAUAUUUUUGUUCAUAGCCCCACAUUACAUGGUCUUUCUUGUAUCAGGUGGUCGAGAAGCUCUCUACAUCUGUGGAACUUAUAAUUCAUAGCCUUGUAUCAUUAUGGCGUUUAAAUCAAGAAGAAUGAGAAAUAACAAAUAGAUGCAAAAUUUUGGUAGAAAAACAUAAUUGAAGACAUCACUUGGAUGACCUAAUUGUAGAUCAGAGAAUAUUUUAAAAUGGAUCCUAGUGAAAUGUAGUGUGAGGGUCUGGACUGGAUUCAAGUGGCUCAGGAUGUAACCUAGUGUAGUGGACUUUCAUGAACACUUAUGCACCUUUGGGUUCCAUAAAAAUGUUGAAUUUCUUGACCAUCUACACAGGUAUACAUUUUUAAAGGAAAACUGUAUUAUUGACUGAGUAGGUGUAUUGUUGUAGGUUUUGGAAUGUGUUUGGCUUGGAACAGAACUUGUUUCACAUUGAAGCCCCUUUUGCCUUCCAUUGGUUUGAGUAAACACUUUCCCAAGCUGCAUCACAACUAUAGCACAUCAGUUAAUGUAGAUCAUUAUGUUCUGCUAUGUUUGACAUAGUUAAAGUCCAGGGUCAUUCAGUAUUGCACCCUAGUUUGAAACUAUGCAUGUAAGCAUCUAAGUACUUUUAAAAGGAGAAAGUCUGAUGUGUGAAAUAAGCUAUUGUACAGUACAUGUGAGCUCAUGUGCAAGAAAACUGGUUUUAAUCAGCCUUUGUACAAAUUAUAUAAAUGCAUAAUAGUGAGGUCAUUUCUGUCCACAUGUUUCAUCUCUAAAACUACUCACCAAGUAAGUUAUAUAUAUAUAUAUAUAUAUAUAUAUAUAUAUAUAUGUGUGUGUGUGUGUGUGUGUUUGGGGGGGGCACAUUAAAAUUUCUGUCAAAUUCCAUUUUGUUAUGUGCCAGUUAAUUGUAUAAAAGAUUAGUACAUGACAGUUAUUAAAAUCUACAAUUUUUUAUGUAAACUUUUUCAGUCUUGUUUCUGACCACUAAAAGUGGUGUUAAGAAAGGCAGAAGUUAUAUGAACAGUGCAAUAUUAUAAACCAUUAUAUCUUAGUUUUUGUUAAUUUCUUCAAACCCCAUCAGGUCUAUACAUUGUGUUUCUGAGCUGCAACAAUUACUUGUAGCCUGCUACUUGUUUCCUUCUCUGUUGGUUGGUCAUGCAGUAAUUCAAGUUCUCUGUAUUGUAAUCAAGUUACAGCCAGAUAUCAUCCUUAUUGUGCACAUGCUAUAAUGUGACACUGUGGCAGAACUCAGACUUCAUAUUUUGCAUUUCCCAGGAUUAAAUCUCAACCUGGAGACCAGCUAAAUGGACUGACCUUUUAUGUGGUUUUCCUCGAUCCCUUCUUGAUUAUAAUGGGAUAGUAGCUUAGAGUAGGCCACAGUCACUAUCAAAUGCUUUACAUUUAACAUUCAGUAUCACAUUUCUUGAUGCUAUAUAACCUCUGUUGAUGGAAAAAUGUAGUUAAGUAAACCAAUCUAUAUUUUCCAGAUUGUGGAAAAUACCAUAACUUGAUAUUAUUUCAAUAAUUUCUGGAUUUUAUUGGUUCAUGGACCAGUAAAACAGCAGUGGAGUUUCUGAGGAAAUACAAUAUAAUUAUUAUUAGCGUGUGUGAACAUUUUUAUUUACAAUGUGAUAAUCAACACAUUCUCAGAUUUUUCUGUUCUCCAGGGAUCUGAGGUUUGUAGCAACUCCAUGCCCCCAUUUCUAAAGGAUUACAGCAUUAUAAUACAAUUUUAGUAUGUUAACUGAUUAGACUAAAAAUAGUUUCUAUUAAAUUUUAAUGGAAAUUAAAAUAUGCCAGAUUAAAGCAUAUCAUGGCCUGCAAAAUGCUUGUAUUAUGAUUCAGAUGAUUAGUCACUAGUGCCUUUCUUUCUUCUGUUUAAUUUGGCAUGUACAUUGUGUUUUUUAAAACAGUUGUGGUAGAACUGAAGUUGUUUAUGCUUUUGUUCUGUAUUUUUUUAUCUAUAGCAAAACAAGCACUGUACAUGCAUAACAGCAGAAAUUGUGGAUGAUUUGUUAACACUGCUGUUUCAUAUUUGGGCAGUCCCAGGUUUCAAACCUGGUCCUGAAUGAAGGAUUUUUAUGAAUUUCCGUAGUUAUUCUAUUCAAAUUAUGGGAUAGUACUUUGAAAUAGGGCAAGAAUUCUCUCUUCCACAUCAUUCACAAAUCAGUGCUAUGUGACCAGUACAAUUGAUAAAGCAUUAAAUAGACAGUAAUCAGUUCAUGCUACCUCUGUAUAAUUGCUUGCUGACAACUCCUUGUUCCAUCCCAUAAAGACCCCAUUGAACUUCGAUACUGCAGUGUAUAAUUAAAUAUUAAAUGAGAUACAGGGACUCUGUAUUAAUUUUUGUUAAUAAUUUAUUCAUCCAUAUUGUAAAUAUUCAGCCCUUAAAAGGUGUGCGUGUGUUGUUUCAUUGUAAUAGUAAUAAGUGCAGGGAAGAACUUGAAACAUAUUUUAGAAACAUGCAGAAAGUAUGUUUGUGUGGUUUGUACAUAUGCCUUUCUGCGAUCUCAAACACUGUGGAUUAAAAUUUCCAUUGCAGGUGUUUAUUAA